AUGUACAUGAACGCAGCAGCAGCAGAACAAGAUGUCUGCUCCCUGUGUAAGGAUGUCUGGUCGGUGUGUCUCUCAGUUUCUCUCUUGUUUCAGCAGAACAGCGGUGAGGAACGGGGGGUUCCGACAGUUCUCCAGCUCGUCUGUCAGUCGGGCCGCUUCGCAGACCCAGAGUGUGACGGAUAGAGUGGAGAGAGCCAGUUCUCCCUGGACUCUGAUGGCAGCAGUGUGUCUGCAGAGACUUCCGGUCAUCUCAUCAGAGUGCAGCGCGAUAGAGCAGCAGUUCACUCACAUGAUGCACCAGAUGGAGCUGGAGAAAAGCUUGCUGUCGGACCACGAGCUGCGGCUGCUGGAGGACGCUGAGAGGAUGAGUCGUAAGCAGGCGGACGACUACGACUCGGACGAAGAGGACGACCGCGGAGACCAGGAGAUCAUGUUGACUCAGGACCUGGAAGACUCCUGGGAGCAGAAGCUGAAGAACUUCCAGCCAGCGCUGAGGGUCACAGCUGAUGUAGAUAAGGACUUGACCUCGUCGGAGCGCUGCCUGGCCGACUCGCUGCUUCUCCUGGCCGAGCAGCAGGUCGGAGGUGAGAAGUUGUGGCUGCUGCCUCAGACUCAGUGGCAGGAAGGAGAAACGCUGCGGCAGACGGCCGAGAGAGCCCUCGCCUCCCUGCCAGCAGCUGGUUUCAAGGCGACUUUCCUCGGCAACGCCCCCUGCGGAGUAUACAAGUACAAACUGCCCAAAGCCGCUCGGACGGAGAGCUCGGUCGGAACAAAGGUGUUCUUCUUCAAAGCUAUUCUGUCAGACAGCUGCCCCCCCGCGGCCCAGAGCGCUCCUUUUCUGUGGGUGAAGAAAAGUGAACUGCAGCGCUACCUGAAACCGGCGUACAUGAUGAAGGUCGACCGCUUCAUCCUCAGCCAAUGACACCUAAAAACACAGAGAAGGGACACUGACUUGCACAACAGUAUUUAUGAGGCCCAGAAAGUUACCCAUGUCACUUCUCUGUAUCAUAAAAAAUGUCUUUGAUUCAAUUUAUGUGUUGUAUAAAUAAAUUGUUUUUCCACACAAA